UAUCGGCUUAUUUACUUCGUCUCUCUUUUUUGACUAUAUAUCUGUCACCUCCCUGCAAGACAGGCUUCCUUCUACCACAGCCAGGAUAGCUAUUCCUUCAGUUCCCAUCUUAGCUUGGCCUCGUCUAUCCAGGAGAUCUUCAGAUCUAUAGGACAAGGCACUUACACUUACUAUCAUUACGCACCUGACAUCAGUAUAUUCGUCACUAUCGACUACAGCUUUUCAAAAUGCGCUUCCAGCAAAGCUUACUCGCCUGUGUGGCACCGGCUCUUGUCUCGGCCAUCACUCCUCCGAACAUCCAGGGUAUGAAUAUCAUCUUCUCUGAGGACUUCGAGGGUUCCGCAGGCGCCUCACCCAAGAGUAAUGUGUGGAACAUCAUGGAUGCCAUCGACACCAACAAUGAAGUUCAGUCAUACACGACUUCAAACCAGAAUGUCCAGAUCAGCGGUGGCGGUACCGUUCAGUUCGUUCCGCGGAAGUCGCCCGCCGGCCUUUGGACCUCAGGUCGCAUUGAGUCUCAAGGUUCCUGGACUCCCGCCCCUGGCAAGGUCACCAAGAUUCAAGCAAAUAUUCUAUUGGGCGAUAACCCCAUAAUAAACAAACAAGGACUAUGGCCUGCCUUUUGGGCUCUCGGCGACGCGAUGCGCCACGGUACCUCGUGGCCUGCCGCCGGAGAAAUAGAUAUUAUGGAACAGGUCGAUGGACUCCUCACCGGUUACGGUACUCUCCACUGCGGAACUUCCGUCGGCGGCCCUUGCAAUGAGCCUGUCGGACGUGCUAAGAGCACUGCCAUGCCUGCCGAUGGCUUCCACGUUUGGGGUGUAACGAUCGAUCGCACCAACGACGACUGGACGAAGCAGACCAUCUCAUGGACGUUGGAUGGCAACACCUUCUCUACCGUUACUGGGGCUGAUAUAAACGAUGCUCCCACCUGGUCGGCUCUGGCCCACAGCCCUCUGUACAUUAUCCUCAAUGUUGCCGUUGGCGGUGACUGGCCAGGUGCUCCUAAUCUGCUCACGCUAGAUGGCUACGGCAGCAUGAUGGAAGUUCAGUGGGUUGCCAUCUACUCGUCUUGAGAUGAAAGCCCUAGUAACGUGAUAUGAUACACCGAAAAAAUAGAAUUGGGUGUAUAUAUGGGGAAUGGAAUUUGGCGUUUACCAGAGACUGGGUUCGGAAUUUUGGAUGAGCCUUGAGAUACCUAUUUAUGU